CACAAAUUGCCUACAGAGUAUAGUAUCAUCCAUUCACCUUCAUCUAUCCAUCUCACUUACAACCCUCAACUCACACUCGCACCGAGUCAUACAUCGCAAACCAAAUCACCAUGGAACUUGCCUUCACCACCGUCGACGUCUUCACGGAGACGCGCUUCCGCGGCAAUCCCCUCGCCAUCAUCACUAUCCCCGCCUCGGGCCCUAAACCCACGCGGGAGCAGAAACAAGCCAUCGCCCGCGAGUUCAACCUGUCGGAGACCGUCUUCGUCCACGACGUCGCCGACCCAGCGACUAACAAGCAGCGCAAUAUCGACAUCUUCCUGCCCUUCGCCGAGAUCGCCUUCGCGGGCCACCCGACCGUGGGCACCGCUGUGUCGCUGCUCAAUCAGGGCGUGGAUACUCUCGUCACCAAAGCAGGGCCGAUUCCGCUACAGCAGAUAGGGGCCAAGGCCGCGCAGGCGAGUAUCCCGCAUAACAUUCACUUACACGCCAAACAUGUCCGCGAUCUCUCGCUUUCCGCGAGCGACCUGACGUCCAACGCACAGAUCCGGGACGUCGAGCUCAGCGCCCCCAUCUUCAGCAUCGUCAACGGCGUGAGCUUCGUCCUUAUCGAGCUGCCCUCUCUGGCGCUCCUCGCUCAAGUCGAGAAUAGUAGCACGCAGUUCCCCGUCGACAAGCUCCUGGAUGAAGGUUGGCAGAACGGCGUCCUCGGGAGAUACUACUACGUCAAAACAGGGUCCAGCAAGGAUCAAAAUGGCCGGCCCGUCGUGUCUCUUCGCACGCGCAUGAUGUUGCCCGAAUUUGAGGACCCAGCGACCGGUUCUGCGGCGUGCUGCCUGAGCUCGUUCCUCAGCACCGUGGGGGACAAGCAGGGGACUUCCAGCCGCAGGUACGAAAUCACGCAGGGUGUCGAGAUGGGCAAGGAGAGCAAUAUUGUAGUCGAGGUGGACAUGAAGGACUCCAAGAUCGACAAGGUCAAACUGGCUGGCACCGCUGUCCAGGUUAUGCGAGGCACCGUUAGUAUUUAGACGAACCAGUACGUAUAUCAGGGGAGAAGAGUGGCCUGAGGUUCAAUAAGCUCGACGGUUGAUAAAGACAUGUUCUAUAUUAGUAGUAAUUCUGGUAGAAUUAAACGACGUCAGUGCUGUCCCUUCGCCCUGAUGAGCAGCCAACAAUAAAGGCGAAAAGAUUCCACCUACGCGUCGUAAUGUGUAAAAGACGGGGCGCCGUCCAGCAAUUCGCAUUAGAGAUCGUCCGGGUUUCGUAAGAUAAUACGGUAUACACAAUAUGACUAUCUUAAAGAACCUAGUUGUCUGCCCAGGC